UGGCUCUCCCUUCGCUUCUGUCCUUUUUUCCUGUCAUUGUUCCUCUCAGUUUUUCUCGACUUCUUAAUUAGUCGCGGCCGCUGCGGGUCGUCGCGUGUUUUCUGGGGCAGGCGGAGGUCUCGCUGCUCGGGCACGGCUCCCGGUGACGGAAUCUGAUGGAAUACGAGCGGCCGAGCUAGCUGGCGCUGGCUUAGCAUCGGUAGCUAGCGCUGGCUUAGCAUCGGUGGCUAGCGCCUGGUGCGGAUGCAGCCAGCUGACUAACAGCCGGACUCUCAGUCGUUUCAUUUGAUUUAGUAUGCUGCGAGGAAAGACGGGGUUUCGAAAACACGGACUACUGAAGCGGCAUUAUGGAUAUGCACAUUGAAACGACAGCCGCGCUGUUUACGGACGUCGUGAGGGCGAGCCGACAGGGCUGAGGCGGUCCAGCUGGGUAGGGAGCCCCGAGAGACGGGCGCAGCGGUGAGGCGAGUCCCGGUUUGAGCCAGGCCUCCUGUGGGUACUGCCGGGGGUACUGCCGUGGGGCAGUGCGGGCAGCCGUACGUUGCGUGAGAUUCUCCUGCGUUGACUCGUCGCCAUGAACAAAAAGGAAAUGGUUUCCACAGAAACAGAGAAUAAAGGCCAAAUUCAGGUGUUUAUGCCAAACAAGCUGUUGGAGUGUCUCCCUCGUUCAUCCAGUCUACCCAAAGAAAGACUACGCUGGAACAGCAAUGAGGAAAUUGCCUCCUUCUUGAUAUCAUUUGACAAACAUGAUGAGUGGUUGUCCUGCACCCUCAAAACCAGACCUCAGAAUGGCAGCAUCAUCCUCUACAACAGGAAGAAGGUGAAAUACAGGAAGGAUGGAUACUGCUGGAAGAAACGCAAGGAUGGAAAGACCACCAGAGAGGACCACAUGAAGCUUAAGGUCCAGGGCAUGGAGUGCCUGUAUGGUUGCUACGUCCAUUCCUCCAUCGUGCCAACAUUCCACAGACGAUGCUACUGGUUACUGCAGAACCCAGACAUCGUUCUGGUCCACUACCUGAACGUGCCGUCUCUGGAGGACUCUGGGAAGAGCGGUCCAUUGGUGUGUGCGGUGGCCGACCGCCAUGACAGUUUGCGGUGGAGUCGUGAGGAGCUGCUCAGCCAGCUGAAGCCCAUGUUCCAUAGUAUGAAGUGGACUGUUGGUUCUGUUGGUUCUGCGGACUUCAGCAUAGAGGAGUUGGUUCAGCACAUCCUGGACCAGCAGCUCACUAAACCCCAGCCACGCACACACACCUGUCUGUGUGACACCAGCCUGGUGUCUUCAGGUGUGAACAUUCCCCAUCGGUGUAACAGUACCAAGCAUCGCAUCAUCUCCCCCAAACUCCCCCCAGCCUGCCGGCCCUCUCCCUCCCCUAUUUCCUCUGAGCAGGGUGAACAGGGGGGGGACAAUAAGGGGCCUCCACUCCAGAGCCAAAGCAGCCCCGCCUCCUCUCCCUCACCCUCUUCCACUUGUUCCUCCUCGCCCCCCCAACCCCACCGGGCAUCGGCAGCAACCAUCGCUUUGGGCAACCGUUCCAACAGUUUCUAUAGUGACCAGUGUAGCAGCGUGACAACCGUGGCCCUGCCCCAGAAUGCAGUGAUUGUCAUGGCAACGACCACAGCGAUAUCAGGGGGAGGUGGAGGUGGGGACGAUGGGGGACAGAGGAGGAGUUUGUCACUUUCGCGCUCUACUCAGCUCCUCCUCCCUCCCGCACCUCCCCCUAACAACAACCCCUCCCCACCUGCCUCCCCUACCCCUCCUUCACACACCUCUGGGCUGGCCACACUCUCCCUCACCCUCCUCCCCUCGCCUGUCAUAGGCGGUCUGCUCCUCACCUCCUCAUCUUCAUCCUCUUCAACUCCCCCCCUUAAGGCCCCCCCACCUCCUCCUCCUGCCUCCACCACCUUGCUCUCCCCCUCCCCUCCUCUCCCACCACCCCCGCCCUUUGACCCUGACUCCUUCCUGAACUCCCCCAAACAGGGGCAGACAUAUGGAAAACCCCCUCACCCUUCCACCUCUCCCCCGCCACCACCCUCCUCGCUUGCCCUCUCUCUGUCCCCCACCUCAACUCCCCCUUCCUCAGUGUCUCCCCCCUCCUCACUCUCCUCUCUCUCCUCUUCCGAGGCCAAAGAUCCUUCUCUCUCUCUCUCCUUCUCCCCUCCCCACUCCACCCCUCCUCCUCUUCUCCCUCUUUGUCUGGAGCUUGGCCCCCUGGAGGAGGAGAGGAGAGAGGAGGAAGGUAGUGCACCUCCCAGCAAACUGGCCAUCCUACAGCCAAGCCACGCCUCCCCUGCUUCUUCACCUCAACAACAGACGGGAAGUAACACCACUUCACUGCUUCUAAUUCGCCAGGACACACGGAAACCACCCACACAACCCCAGCCAGCCAAUCAGAUGCAGCUGCAGCCUAGCAGGCAGCAGCCAGUGGUUUUGGGACAGCCCAAAGAGUUUCAGUCCUCCAUUCACAUGGCAGGACCAAUAGCCAAAACUCUACCCCAGUCUCAGUUAGCCAAUCAGCAUCUCCUGCAGAGUGCGGAGAAAGAGCGGGAGAGAAAAGGAGCGACACCACCACUCCUCCAGCAGAAUCAGAGCCUGCCCUCUGCCUCCAUUAGUCUGCUGACCACCAGCUCCCCCAUCCACAUCAAGGAGGAGAGGGGGCAGGGCUACGACUCAGAUGACAUGCCUAUGGAUACACACUCAGGAAUGGAGGCAGAGCCUAGUGACCAGAAAGGGGAGGAGCUCAGUAUCUCAUUUGACAGCCAGUUUCCUGACCUGAUAACUGAGCUCAUCACAGAAGAGACCAGUCCCCUCCCUCACCCCACCCGUAGCCCUGCCCCUAACCCCACCUCAGGGCCAAACCAAAGCAUGUUCCCAGCGGGGGUGCGGUAUAUGGUGCCCCCCCAGCCCUCCCCCUCCUCUUCCUUCCUCCCCUUCCCUCACCCCAUCCCCUCCUCCUCCUCUCGGCUUGACGCAAUCACAGACUUCUCCCCGGAGUGGUCCUAUCCAGAGGGUGGUGUGAAGGUCUUAAUAACAGGUCCCUGGGUGGAGGCAUCUGGUUGUUACUCCUGUGUGUUUGACCAGAGCACUGUCCCCGCUUCACUCAUCCAACCUGGAGUGCUACGCUGCUACUGCCCUGCCCAUGAGGCUGGUCUGGUUUGUUUGCAGGUUCUGGUCUCUGGUGGUUCCGUAUCUUCCUCAGUUCUUUUCGAGUACCGAGCUCGAAACGCCAGCUCUCUGCCUAGCUCCCAACUCGACUGGCUCUCUUUGGAUGACAACCAGUUUAGGAUGUCCAUCUUGGAGAGACUGGAGCAGAUGGAGAGGAGGAUGGCUGAAAUGGCUGACAGGGACAACAACCGACAGCAACAGCAACAACAGCAACAGCAAAGAAAUGGCAGCCAGUUGGCCACCCCAGCGCCCCAACCUGAGGACCACAGCCAGAUGGCCCAGUGGUUUGAGCAGAGGAUUGUGGUCGUGUGUGAGAGAAUGAUGGAGGGGUUGAGGUGGAGAGGAGGAGGAGAAGGCCUUCAUCACUCUGCUCGCCACAGAGGAAUGACCCUCCUCCACCUGGCUGCCGCCCAGGGCUACACACACCUCAUCACCACUCUGAUACACUGGAGGAGUGUUAACAGUGAUAGUUUGGACUUGGAGCAGGAGGUGGACCCUCUUAACGUAGAUCACUUCUCCUGCACACCACUGAUGUGGGCGUGCGCUUUGGGCCACCAGAGGGCAGCAGAGGUCCUGUAUGGCUGGAAUUGCCUGGCUCUGGGCAUCCCUGAUUCGCUCGGUCGCCUGCCGCUCGCCGUGGCCCGCUCCCGCGGACACACCCGCCUCGCCACAGCGCUGGAGGAGAUGCACACACAGCGCGCGCACACACACACACCACCACCACCACCAGGAUCAAGAGACACGCCCACACCAGCCACGCCCCAACCACAGACCCCUCUGUCCCCCCUGUCCACCAGCCCGGACACAGGUCUCAGUUACUCCAGUAGUCUCCCAUCUCCCAGUGACCCCUCCUCUCCCUCCCCAAGCUCCGCCUAUUCCAGUGGCCCUGCCCCAAUGGACACCUCUCCUUUUUCUCUGUCCUCCUCCUCCUCUCUACCUCCCUCCCCGACCCCUUUCUCCCUUUCCUCCCUCUGGGAGGGGCAGGUGGGGGGGGCUGAACCUGGAGAGUCCGCCCUACAUCCAGGUUCAAGCCCUGACAGUCCAAGGCAGACUCCCUUCUAUCUGAUGGACUACGAGACCUCCCUCGACCCCCCCCCAGACACUCCCAUUGCCCCCAGCCAGUGCUCUCACACCCCCACGCUGGAGGAGCAGCUGCUGAGUUACAAGGAGAAUGCUGAGAACGAGGGAGAAGAGUAUCUACCUGAGGAGGUGCUACAGGUGGACAUGGCAACACUAGCGGAGCAGAUCAUUGAGGCAACUCCUGAACGAAUCAAGCUGGAGGAUUUCUCCAGGGGGGCGGAGUCUCCACUCAGAGAGAGGCGGGACAAUCCACCCAUCCAAGACACCUGGUUGGCCACCUACUUGGACACGGUCGACGCCCACACACACUCAACUCCGAGGUGUGUGUGUCCCCCGUCCCCCCUCAGUUCCCUGGCCCUGCAGAGGUUAAGACCACCCUCCUCAGCAGCAUGGGCGGAGUUUCUGAAUGCCUCAACCAAUGGGAGGAUGGAAAGAGACUUUGCCCUCCUCACCCUGACAGACAGUGAGCAGAGAGAGCUGUACGAGGCAGCCCGCAUCAUCCAGAACGCCUUCAGGAGGUACAAGGGUCGAAGGUUAAAGGAACAGCAGGACAUGGCUGCAGCUGUCAUUCAGAGGUGUUACAGAAAGUAUAAACAGUAUGCGUUGUACAAGAAGAUGACCCAGGCAGCCAUCUUGAUCCAGUCCAAGUUCCGCUCUUAUUACGAACAGAAACGCUUUCAGCAGAGCCGACGGGCAGCGGUUCUGAUCCAGCAGUACUACCGCAGCUACAAGGAGUACGAACGCUUCAAACAAACCCCGCUCAACACCGUCAACCACAACCCCAAGAUCAAGGGGUCUUUCCUGACGAAGAAACAGGACCAGGCUGCGAGGAAAAUCAUGAGGUUCCUUAGACGUUGCAGACACAGGAUAAAGGAAUUAAAGCAGACAAAGGAGUUGGAGAGGAGAGGACUAACAACUUAAUCUGGUUGCUGACGGAGAGAGAAGAGAGAAAACGAGAGAGAGAGACAGAUCUGUUCUGGUCUCUGUAUCGCCUGUGGUCACUGAGAGAGACAGUACCUACAUCAUGUUUACUAAGACAGAACCACAGCAGCAAACAUGGAUGGAUGGAUGGAUGGAUGGAUGGUGAUGGUUGAUGGACAGAGACAUUUAUAGAGGGAUGCCUGCCUUAUUGCCCAAAAGAGUGAAACUAGAAUUUUCCUGUUUAGUAGUCUGUCUGUCUCUGUCUGUCUAUCUUUCUGAAUGUCAGACAGUUAAAAAAAAUCUACAGCUCAUAAUAGCACUAAUUAACCCAACACUUAUCCCAGCCUUGACAUUUACCCAUCCCACUCUGCUUCAUCCCAUAAUACUUCCGAUGUAGUAUCAGUUAUCUGGCGACUGUUGCUACAUCUCUCAAGGUUUCAUGAGAGUGAAGCCUUUUAUAUGAACCAUACAAAUCUAUACAGACACAUCAACACAAUUGUUUACAUUAAUAAAUAUAUACAAUCAUUUAAAUAUACUAAGAUAUGCUUAUAUAUAUAUCUUAGCAGAUAUAUAUGCAUAUCUUAUCUGCCUGUAUUGGAGGCC